AUGGCGGUUGCAUUGCUAUUCACCUGGGGUCUUUGCGCUUGUAACCAUUACCAGUUGUUCUUCGGUUCUGGUGCCCAGAGUGUGCCAGAGAUUACGCCAAAGCCCACUCAAGAAGAGGAUGCUGCAUACUGGAAGUAUUGGAUGUUUGGCUCUGUAGUAUCUUGGUACGCAUAUCACAUUGGCUACUUGUUCAUAAUGGGCCUCAUAAAGCUCUCGAUACUCUUUUUUUACCUUGGUUUUGCCACCCAACGAACCUUUCGAAGACUUGUUAAAACAUUGAUCGUUAUUAUCGCUGUUAUCAGCAUCUACUGCAUCUUCAUAAUCGCCUUUCAAUGCCCCGAGACACCCUCCUACGCCUUCUCCACUGCGAUACUUACAGACAGAGGCGCCGGCCACUGUUUUGACCUGCGGAUUGUCUUCUACUGGCAAGCAGGCUGGAGUAUGGGAUCUGAUAUCGUUAUAUUGCUUCUUCCUAUGCCGGUUCUAUAUUCGCUGCGCAUGGGAAGAGCCAAGCGGUUAUCCGUUGUUGCAGUCUUUGCGGUGAGUCUACUCAUUCCGAUAGCGUCUGGAGUUCGACUUUGGGGCCUGAGUCUCUGGGCAAACAGCGGUUUACAUGCUCGGUACUACGGUGGAUACAUCAUCUUCUGUGUUCCAGUCAUGGGUCUCUCCAAAGAAACUGAGCACAAAGCUUACACUUACACGCCAGGUCUUCCCCAACGCGCCCUCAUAGCCAUCUUCCAUAGCGUGAAUAACACAAUACCAUGGCACAAGCUGCCCACUUGGAUCGGCGUACUCAAUGUUGCCGCCUUCCGCUACGAGCUACGCCAAAAGAACUUACACGAUGUCUACCCAUCUCCCGACGACCAAGGUACCCUAGGAUGCCCGCAUCUAUCUGAUGAGCAGUACUUGCACACCCGCCACUCCGACGGUCUGUUCAACGAUCUCUCAGCACCAAAGAUGGGAUGCACAGGAAUGCGAUUCGGCCGCAACGUACCUCGCGAACACACCGCAAAGCCAAGCGAGGAGGAGCUCAUGACCCCAAACCCUCGACUCAUCAGUGAGCAGCUAUUGAAAAGAGAUACGUUCAAACCUGCGACGACUCUGAACCUACUGGCCGCGGCGUGGAUCCAAUUCCAGGUCCACGACUGGUUCCAGCACGAGAAUUCCGCUUCAGGAAAAUGUAUUGUUCCGCUUCCUGAAGGCGACAAGUGGAACUCUCCAGACGGCAAGAUGAGGGUCGAAAAAACACAGCCUGACAUCGCAUUAGAUGGAACUGACAAAACAGCUCCAGCCUAUAAAAACAUCAACACUCACUGGUGGGACGGCAGUCAAAUCUACGGCAGCUCCGAAAUCCGCACAGCCGAACUGCGUGGUCAAUCCAAAAACGGAAAACUCACUGUCGAUGCCCAACAACUAGCCACCUUCCUUCCUCGCGAUGAGAACGGGAUUCCCCAAACCGGCUUCAUGACAAACUGGUGGCUAGGCCUAGAAAUGCUGCACACGCUCUUCGUCCUCGAACACAACGCCAUCUGCGACGCCCUCGUAGCUGCCUACCCAGACUGGAGCAGCGAGAAACUCUUCGACACAGCCCGCCUAGUCAACUGCGCAUUAAUGGCCAAGAUACACACAGUAGAAUGGACGCCAGCCAUCCUCGCGCAUCCUGUUCUCGAGAUAAGCAUGAGCGCAAACUGGUGGGGUAUCCUAGGCGAGCGGUUAUACAAACUACUCGGCCGCGUAUCCGCCACUUCAGAAGCCAUCUCUGGAAUCCCAGGGUCGGGCGUAGAGCACCAAGCCGCGCCUUAUGCACUUACUGAGGAGUUUGUAAGUGUGUAUCGUAUGCACGCACUCAUUCCUGAUAGCAUCGCCUUCUUCUCUGCACAGAGUGGUGAACAUAAGACGACACAUCCCAUCCGCGACAUUGCCUUCGAAAAAGCGAGGGCUCCUCUGGAAAUAGACGACAUGGAUUUCGCAGACGUGUUUUACAGCUUCGGAGUCAAUUACCCAGGUGCUAUUACGCUGAACAAUACACCGGAUUUCUUGCGUGAUUUACAUACACCGGAUGGUCGGCAUAUCGAUCUCGGCACUAUCGAUGUGCUCCGAGAUAGGGAGAGAGGUGUACCGCGUUACAAUGCUUUUCGUCGGCUUUUCCACCUACGGCCCGCUUCCUCGUUCCUCGAGCUCACGGGCGGGAACGGGGCUGUUGCAAAGAAACUGGCAGCCAUCUACGAGGACGAUGUUGAAAAGGUGGACUUACUGGUUGGUUGUCUUGCGGAGCCACUACCGGCAGGCUUUGGGUUUAGCGAUACGGCGUUUCGGGUGUUUAUCUUGAUGGCUAGUAGGAGGUUGAAAAGUGAUCGGUUCAUCGCCGGGGAUUGGAAUGAAGAGACCUAUAGUAAGGUGGGGAUGCGAUGGGUGCAGAAUGGGGGCAUGAAGGAUGUGUUGGGUAGACAUUUUCCGGGGUUGGAAGGGGUGUUGGCGAAGAGUGGAAAUCCCUUUGCGCCUUGGACAAUGCUGGACGCAAAUUCCGAAUGGGAGUACGCCUACUUGGUGACGGCACCGCGCUUCUUCGGCUACGCAUUCAACCCGGUUUCGUUCUGGUACAUCUACGAUCAUGAACAUCAGCUUAAGAAGAUGAUACUCGAAGUCAACAACACUUUCGGGGAAAGGCGCAUGUACCUGCUUGACGGAUCGAGUCCUCCUAGCCCGCCUUGCACAUCUGAUUCUGAGCAUACUUCCGGACCAGAAGGACAGGAAUCGCAAGUACCUAACGGAUCAAAGUCAAAGUUUACGGACGUAUGGAUGAAAGAUUUCCAUGUUUCGCCGUUCAACUCCAGGAAGGGUUCGUAUGCACUGAAGGCACAAAACCCUUUUCCGUCUGUGGAUUGCGAGAACCCUGCGAUCGAUAAUACGAUCACGCUCAAGUCUUCAAAGGAUCACGGGAAACUUGUAGCGCGCCUUUACUCCACCGGAAAGGCCGUUGAUCCUGACCACUUGGGCUUUUUCGGAACCGCGCGAUUCAUUUUGAGCUGGUGGUGGGUUGGCUUAGUUACAUUUCCGCGCAUCAUUAGAGAAGCGUUCAGGAUUUUUUUCAAGAGAAAGUUGCACGUAUGGUUCCGACCAGAGGUACUGACGUCGAGCGUUGGCCGGCUACCCACAUCCGCUGAGAUCACACUUUAUGAAGUGUUCAGGAACUACUUACGUAAACUUGUCGAGGAAGCCGAAGUAGACUUUAACAUCACGUUCAAAGCUUCGAUCCCCAACGUUCCCACCAAUAUGGUUUGCCCGACACACGUACCCGGUCGAAAUCGGCCCAAGAAGAACAUGGAAAUCCGUGUGCUUACACCAGCAUUUUACUCGCGGCUUAUCCAUUACACGUACACCUCCGAGGCCAUCGAUCGUGAAUGCGUCUUCACCGACGAACGGAACAGGACUCUAUGGAUGUGUCGUCCGCAGCUACUACCUCUUUUGCUUUCAGAGCGCUCAUCGAUACGCCUCGAAGACAAGGAAACGCCACCAGUGAGAAGGGGCCAUCUUGACGAGCUCAGGUGGUGGUUACUGAAGAAGUUGAGGUGUCCACCAGCCGAUCCAGCAUACUCAGUGUCGCCGCAAAGCUCCGCAGUUAAUGUAGAUGACAUUCGCGCUAGACCAUACUCCGAGUUGGAUAGAUACGUCAGGGACUUCUUCGGGCAACAAUAUGCUUCUCAGAGCCUAAACGCGAUGUCGAACAUUGACGCCGAGGAUGCGCAGUUCCAGAAGGAAGUACAGGAAGUCAAGCAAUGGUGGUCGGAUUCAAGAUGGAGGUAUACUAGGCGACCAUUCACAGCAGAGGAUAUUGUUACGAAGAGAGGCAAUCUCAAGAUCACCUACCCGAGCAAUCACCAGUCGAAGAAGCUUUGGGAAAUUGUUGAAGGCCGCUUCAAGAACAACGAUGUCAGCUUCACAUAUGGAUGUCUCGAUCCUGUCAUGGUCACGCAGAUGGCGAAGUAUCUGGACACCGUCUACGUUUCCGGAUGGCAAGCAUCGUCAACGGCCUCAUCAACCGACGAACCGGGUCCAGAUCUAGCAGAUUAUCCCUACACAACCGUACCCAACAAAGUUGGCCAUCUUUUCAUGGCGCAGCUGUUUCACGACCGAAAGCAACGCGAAGAACGCCUGACUACCGCCAAAGCUGAUCGUGCGAAAGUGGCAAGCGUUGACUACCUACGACCAAUUAUUGCAGACGCAGACACGGGACACGGAGGACUUACAGCUAUCAUGAAGCUCACCAAGCUUUUCAUAGAGAAGGGUGCGGCUGGUAUACAUAUUGAGGAUCAAGCACCAGGAACGAAGAAGUGCGGACACAUGGCUGGCAAGGUCCUGGUACCUAUCAGCGAGCACAUCAACCGUUUGGUCGCUAUCAGGGCACAGGCAGACAUCAUGGGAACCGACCUACUUGCCGUCGCCAGAACCGACUCAGAAGCCGCUACUCUGAUCACCUCUACCAUCGACCCACGCGAUCAUCACUAUAUCCUAGGCUGCACGAACCCCGCCCUUCAACCUCUGGGCGAGCUCAUGUAUGCCGCAGAACAAGCUGGUAAGAACGGCGCCGAGCUUCAGGCAAUUGAAGAUGCCUGGACCAAGGAAGCCAAUCUGAAGCUAUACCACGAGGCAGUGAUUGACACGAUAAACGCUGGUGUGCACGUGGACAAGCAAAGUAUGAUCAAUGAAUUCAUGGAGAAGAGCAAGGGCAAGAGUAAUUCAGAGGCACGCGCCAUCGCUGCGGGCCUGACUGGCGUUGAUGUGUACUUCAACUGGGAGGCUGCGAGGACCCGAGAGGGCUACUACAGGUACCAAGGUGGCUGUGAAACCGCUAUCAACCGUGCUAUUGCAUACGCGCCUUACUGCGACAUGAUCUGGAUGGAGUCGAAGUUGCCCGACUUUGCGCAAGCGAAAGAGUUCGCUGACGGCGUUCACGCCGUGUGGCCCGAGCAGAAACUGGCGUACAACCUCUCGCCCUCCUUCAACUGGAAAGCCGCCAUGCCACGUGAUGAGCAAGAAACCUACAUCCAGCGCCUGGCUAAGCUUGGGUACUGCUGGCAGUUCAUCACACUCGCUGGUCUGCACCAGAGCGCUCUUAUGGCCGACACAUUCUCAAAGGCGUAUGCCAAGCAGGGUAUGCGGGCGUACGGAGAGAUCAUCCAGGAGCCGGAAGCGGAGAACAAGGUCGAUGUGCUCACGCAUCAGAAGUGGAGUGGAGCUAACUAUGUGGACAACCUUUUGAAGAUGGUAUCGGGAGGUGUGAGUUCGACGGCGGCUAUGGGCAAGGGUGUUACGGAGGACCAGUUUAAGUGA